AUGCAUAUAAAUUUUUUUUUUUUAAUCUGUCUAUUUUUUUACAUUUUAUGCAGUUACAAAAUUUUCAUAAAAGGUAGUUUGAGAAUAUUAUCGUCAAAUAAUUCAAUAGAUGGUAUAACAAUCCAUUUAACAAAUAAAUUUAUAAAAUAUAAAGUACAUGCACAAGGAAUAUAUUUAAAUGUGAAUUUUGAAUCAGUAGAUUCGGUUAAAAGCUUAAUAGAGAGAUAUAAAAGUGUAAGUAAUUUAUAUUGUAAUUUAAAUAAAAACAAUGAAGAAGAGGUAAUUGAUGGAGAUAUAUUAAGAACGAAUAAUUGUGUUAUUUUUAUAAAUAUUAAAUAUAAAGAUCAUUUAAAAAAUAUCUAUGAUUUCAUGGAAUAUUUAUAUUUAAAUACAAGCGCAGCUGCACUAAUAUUUAUAUGUGAUAAUUUUCUGUAUGAAAAUGAAAUAUAUGAUCCUCAUGAAGAUUUAAACUUAACAAUAAUUCAAGGAAGUAUAUUAACUUAUUUUAUAUCAUAUGAUUCAAUAUCACAUUACGAAAAAAAAAAUUUUUAUAAAUACACUUUUGAAUUAUAUUGGGGAGUAAACAAAAAAACAGAUAUUGUACAUAUUAUUUAUCACUUAGAUUUCGGAAAAUAUUUUAAUUACUCUUUUUUUAUUUAUAUGAAAGAUUUUUUCUUAGAAUUAAAGAAUCAUUUAACUUAUGAAAUUCAAUUUAGCAUACACAAAAAUUUUACCAUUGAUCCUAGAUUUUGCUUCAUUAGAGAUUCUUCAUAUUGUAUUAGUAAACCUGAUUAUAUGAAUUCAAAUGUAGUUAGAGAAGUUGUAGAACAACAAGUUAGAAGUUUAUGCAUCUAUGAAUUAACUUUAAUUGAUGAUGAUGAUGAUGAAUCCCAAGAAAAUACACAUAACAAAAAUGCUCUUGAAAGAAGUAAUUAUAAUUUACCCAAUUCAAACAAAGUAAGUUACUUGAAUUAUUAUAACACUACUAAGAAAGAAAUAUUAAAAGAACAAAAAAAAAAAAUGUUUAGUGAAAAAUAUAUUCAUUAUAUAAAUGCAUUAUUUGAUUUCACGUUUGAAAAAAAUUAUUGCUCUAAUGAAUCAAAUGACUUAACAAAAAAAUGCUCUGAUAAAAUUUUGUCUUUUUUAAAUAUAUCAGUUAAAGAUGUUGAUAAUUGUUUUUUAAAUAAUUUUCAUACUUACAUGAAAAAUAUGAUCAAAAGCAAAUUUUAUGUUUAUUCAAUAGAAAUAAAUGAUAAAAUAUAUAAAAUUAAAUUAAAUAAAGAUAUCAGUAUAAAAUUAAUUUGUUCUGCUUUUAAAAGUAUGCCAUAUCAAUGUAAGGACUACUUAACAAAUCAAGAAUUUGAAUUGGAGAAUAAAAAAGAAAAUAGUGAUGCAAAUUUAAUUGCAUUUGCCUUUCUUUUUAUUUCUAUUUCAGUUCACAUUAUAGGAUCAUUCUUAAAUUAUUUGGUCCCCAAAUUAAUUAACGAAAAGAAAAAAUAA